AUGAAGCUUCGACCGAACAGGGUGGUUUACAGGCUCAUCUCAACGAAUGAGAGAGUCGGUUUGAAGAGGUCCUUUGUGAGUUGCCCCCCGGUUGGGAAGUUGCUUCAUGUGGGCGGCAAGCAGGUCAUCAUCCCCCGUAAGGGGAGUCUUCCAAUGUGGAAGGAAGAAGGACAUAACAACUCCAUCCGAAGUGUAACAACCAGCAUUCAUGUAGGUGCCGAAAUCAACGUCUGUGUCAGUGCCAGGUUUGGUAACCCCUGCGGUGCGCCUUUUAGUGGAGUGUCCCUGGUGGUAACCCCCCUUUGCGCAAAUAAUGCAAGGAAGAGGUUUUCCACGAAGGUGCCAAGGGAUGAUAAGGGGGUAAGUAACUCCCCUCAACUAAGCAAAGCGCAACAAAGCAAUCGUGACGAAAAGACAGAAGAAAGUCCUGUCGGAAGUGGUCACUUCCCUGCACGUGAUGCAAAUGCCACGCUAAACGGGAAAGAGGAGUACACAAACAUAAUCGAAAUGAUGAAAAAAAAAAAAAUAAAAAGCAACGAAAAGGAAAAGGGAAAAAUCGCAAAAAUGUGCAACAAAGGAGCCAACGGAAUUAAGCUAAUUUUUACCUUCAUAAAAAAAGCAGGACAGCAAAUAAAAAUAAUAAUCAUACAGCCGUCCAUCCUGAAGGUGUAUUUUGCCGAUUUGAAGAAAAAUAUAAAACACACCGUCGUGUGGGUCAAAACAGGAGUCCUCCUAUUCCUCACAAAUAUGAAAAUUUCCAAAAAUUUAAUUAUAAAAAGGUUGAAGGGACACAGAUUGUCCUACUCAGAAUACAAGUUGCUAAUUCGGACGAUGAAUGACAUGUUCAAAUUAAUCCCCUUUUCAUUUUUCAUCAUUGUUCCAUUUGCAGAAUUCUUACUUCCCGUAUUUUUGAAAAUUUAUCCCAAUUUAUUACCCUCCACUUUUAAAAAUAAUGAUGAUAAUUUUGUGAAUAUAAAAAAAAAUUUAUAUGCAAAACAGCAGCUAGCCAAAUUUCUACAACAGCUAAUUGCGGAGAAGGAAAAACAGCUAAAUGAAAAUAUCGGAAUUGACUCUGAAAAAAAAAAAAAAAUUUUAUUGAAAUUUCAUCAGCAAUUAAUUAAUAAAGAUGAGAAAGAUGUUAACCCCUUUUUAAGUGUAGGGGACACGUUAAAAAUUGCCAAAAUUUUUAAGGAAGAUUUUGUACUAGACCAAAUGAAUUUAAAAACGCUGCAAACUAUUUGUCACCUCCUUGGAUUGAAGCCUUACGGAAUGCAUUACCACGUCGUACUCCAACUGAGACACCAUUUUUUGCGCCUGCAGAGGGAAGACAGGGAACUCAUGUACGAAGGGGUGGACAAUUUAAAAAAACACACAUUGAUAGAAAUAUGCAAAGAUAGAGGAAUGAAUUUUAACACCUCCGAGGAGGAAAUGAAAUUACAAAUUCAGCAGUGGUUAGAAUUGGCCAGCAUUAAGGAAGUGCCCUACAUUCUACUGCUCUACAUCCGCUGUGUUGUCGUUACGCAUGCCAUUAUGGAUAUACAGGACACAGAAAAAGUCAACACUGCCACCAUGGAGAAGAAAGACGUGAAGAAUGCUACCCUCGAUGAUAAGCAGAAACUUAUACAGGAGGCAAAGGAAAAACUCGAUGACUUAAAAAUGAAAGAACAGGAAAUUAAAAAAAACAUUAACAAGGAGACGAGUGAAGAGGAAGGGGAGGUGGUUCCCCCGCACAAGGACAGCAAAAUGAAGAUAGACUUCCUCAAGAAGAACAAGUACCUGCAGAAUGAGCUCAACCUUUUGAAGCAGAUCUGCGACUUGCAGCACACGGAGCUGAAGAUUGCCUUCACGUCCUUGACCGAUCUGGCGGAGAAGAAGCAAACCUGCGAUAUCAACGAAGUGAUAAAAAAAAUGUCGGAGAGACUCCUCGACAUUGAGAAGCACAUUAGCGAGUUGAAUGCACACAAGCAGAUCGAAUUGGAUGAAUAUUUCUACCCAGAAGAAGAAAAAGCCGACGAUGUGGUGAACAUAAAGAACUGA